AAGAAGACUGGAACUAUUACCGCUGACCGGUUAUUAGCAGACCACGUGCAGCAAGAAGAAGAUCUAUAGAGAAUGUCGUAAAAAUGUUAUCCUACGAAAAAGAAUCGAGAAAUUUAGGUACAAUUCAGCUUGUUGGAGGAGAAACAUUAGUAACUUUACCUGUACAGUUUAGUAGAGAUUCAAGACAUUUUUUCUAUUGUGGUGGUAACAAGAUAUAUGUGUACAGCACUGAAACAGGACAGUUAGUUAGAGAACUUAAAGAACAUGCACAGGAUAUAACUGGCUUUAGUGUUAACUCUAAAAAUGACUUACAGCUGGUCUCAUGUUGUAAUGAAGGGUUGGUGAUAGUGUGGGACUACACUGAUGGUGCAUUACUCAAGAAACUUGAAUUCAGUGAUAAGUUACUUGGUGUUUUUUCUCAUCCCAAUUAUGAAGAUUCCUUAUUUAUAAUCAAAAAAAUUUACAAAGGUAAACGAUGGAAACCCACACUUAUACAGGUCCACUUGACAAAAACAGAUGAAAAUGGAAAACCAGAACAGAAGAAUUUAUUCAAAUUUACAGGAUUACCCAAACACUGUUGCUUCAGCAAAAAGGGAAGGUACAUAGCAUAUUUGCAUAAGAGGGGGGAAGAACUUGGUAUCUGGGACACAAAAGCUAAUGAAGCAAAAAGUUUCUUAUACAAAGAUUCUCUUUUUACUUGUGUGGCUUUUCAUCCAAAUGAAGCAUGUGUAGCGGCAGGAGACCAAAAUGGUCGAAUAAUUAUUUGGCAAGGAAUAGAGACCAAAAAACCUGUCACGAUGCAGCUCCAUUGGCAUGCUCACCCACUGGCAUCUGUAGCCUUUACGCAUGAUGGGUCGUAUAUGAUAUCUGGAGGACAAGAAGCUGUACUAGUUCUUUGGCAGUACAGCUCUAACUCCAGACAGUUUUUACCAAGAAUGGGUUCUCCAAUAAAGCAUGUGGCUUGCAGCCAUGAUGACUCGGUGAUUGCAGUCAGUCAUGAAGAUAAUGUUAUCAAGCUUGUGUCUGGUAUAGACCUUAGUCCAAAGCACACCAUACAAGGCUUACGGAAAUCUAGUUACAUGCAAAGCAAACUUGUUUUUGACCCUCGUACUGGGACAAUGGUGCUGAACAGCAUGCCAGGAAUUCUCCAGUUUUACGACCCUUAUCUUGACAAGGGCAUUUUUGUUGUUGAUGUCGUCAAGCAGAAUUUAAUUUCCCAGACAGAAGAUGAAAAGCUGUUUUUUACGCUGAUACAUCAUGUGGCGUUCAGUGAGACUGGUGACUGGAUGGCUACUGUUGAACAUAGGAAGGACCAUUGUACAACAGAAGAGACACGGUUAAAGUUUUGGGAAUUUAAUGCAACAAAUCAGUGUUACUCCAUCAAUACCAUUAUUGACACACCUCAUGAUCAUCGUACAGUAGCAGUACAAUUUCAGCCAGCCAGUCAGAACAGUGAACCAACAAUGGCUGUCACAGCAGGACAUGAUGGGAAAUUCAAAGUCUGGGUAUUAAAUGAAAAACAAGGUGUUGCUGGAACAAAAUUUGUCUGGGCAUGCCAGUCAGUUGGAUACUAUAACGACACACCAUGUUUGGAUGCUGUGUUCUCAGAAGAUGGUCAACUCCUAGCCAUACCUUAUGCUCAGGUGAUAACACUGUGGACCCCAAACGCUAAUGUACUACAGAAAACUCUACAUCUGCCCUUCCCAGAUGAUAAAAUAAGGUUUACUGCAUUUGGAUUUAAAAGUUCCUCGCACUACCUGAUGGUAUCUACAGCACAUUAUUUGAUUGUAUGGAACCUGCUCACCUGUUCUGUGUUGUGGACUAUAGAGGCGAACGUGGGUCACUUGAUUUCUGAUCCGAACACAAAACACUUUGCUGCUUUCGUCAAUUUUGACAAAAAGACUCACUUGUAUAUAUUUGACCCGUCAACGCCUAAUCCUGUAGCGAUUCAGCCAUUCGUAUCAUGCAAGGCACCUGUCUUUUCUGCCGGUUUUGACCGUAAAGUUACAACAUUAUCAAGCCAAGACAGGCCGAUAACGCUUUCAAAACUCUUCUUUCGCACAAGGAUUCAGGAACUCUUUACUCUUGUAACUGAAGAUGAAAAUGAUGAGCGUGAACGAACCUCUGUGCCCAGUGUUGUGGAAGAUGACUCUUCUGCUAAGCAAGAUUUCUUUAAUAUUUUUGGGAUGCCCUCAAAGAGUGUUGGAGAGUCAACUUCUGUCCAACCUCUUGGUAAAGUUGUUCAAGGAGAUCCCAAAGCUGCUGCUAUUCGUGAGAUGAUGAGAAUACCAUCGCAUGUUCUUCCUCCUGUCUCCACCUUGUGUUCAUCGUUCCUAAAGUCAAUGCUGGUUUCCAAAGAAGACGAUAGAAAUGAUGGCACAAAUACCGACAAGCAAGGUGCAGAUGAUGACGAUAGCAUGGUUGAUGAGGAUAGUGAAUCAGAAACUGAGGCAACAGGUCCUGUUGUCCUCAAGAGUCAACAAAUAAAAGAAGCGCAGGAGAUGCCGUUCAUGGACACAGACGACACUGACCUUGAUGAAGUACACGUGAAGAAAAAGAAUUUUGAUUGGCUGAAAGAUGUGUUCCUGUCACAUGACAAAUGAAGCUAAAAUUAAUUAUCAAUAAUUGCUUUGUGUCUUUUAUCAAAAUCGUAUUUAGUAAUACACGAAUUAGAGUCAGAGCAAUUUUGAUCUAUAUCUCUUUCUCUUUAGCUUGCUCUGCAAACCAUUUUUUUAAAGAAACCUGAGUAUUUCUUAAAGCCUAAGUUAUCAUUUUAAAUAAUUAUUACUCUCUCUCUCUUUUUGUAUAGACAAAAUAUGUUUACUUAAAUGAAAUCUCGACCAUUGUUAUUUAUUAUUUCUAUUCCUUGACAUUUCCUGCCAAAUUUUGUUUUACGAUUUCUUUGUCAGUACAAAAUCUCAAUAUGACAUUUAAGAUUGAAGAGUUAAGAUUGUUUAUUGAUACUCAAAAAAUGCACCUUUUUCAGUUUGUUGUACUAGGUAAGUCUGACCACGUGAACAAUAUCAAAAUGUGUCAUAAUAAUAACCAGGUCAUUAAUUACAUCUGCUGAUGUCAUCACUGA